CCAACAACCAAUAAAACACUCGAGGACGAAGGAGGAGGUCUUAUAAAUCUACGCAUUUACAAAUUUUUGCCUCCUUUUUGCACGACCACGAAAUAAAGAAAAUGACUGAUGCUGGCUGUUUGGAGCCGAAUUGCCUGGGAAACAGCCUCCAGUCAGAUGGAUUGAUGCAUAGAGACAAAACCUCUGGAAGAGGAAUUUCCUCCAUUGAGACCAUUUCUGGAAAUCGCAUCCCUCAGGCCGUCUGUAUGAAGCUGGAGCCCACCGUCAUGGAUGUUAAGCAGAUCCUGGUGGUUAAAAAAGAAGACACAGAAGAUGAAAAUCCUAGUUCUGAUCUGCAUGACCCAAAACUCUGCCACAUAAAGAAGGAAGAUGAGGAUGUCUGCAUCAGCCUAGGGGGAGAGCUGCACAAAGUGAAGGAGGAGUUUGAAAACAGCCUGAAAAGUGAGGAUGGUGAACAGUCCCCUCUGCUCUCACAGCUUUAUCAAGACCAAAUUAAAGAUGGAGAGCUUCCAGAAAAAAACAGAGGAGAAUCCAUCAGGAUAGAAGAUCAUGGAGAUGAUUCAAACUCCUUAGAGUCUGACGACACCAAAAGCAAUGAAGAGGAUGAUAAUGUAAAGCACCAUGUCUCUGAAAGGAAAGACUUGGCAGACUCCAGACUGGAAACUGAGGACAUGGACAAUGACUGGAAGGAGAGCAGAGCUCCUGAGUCAGAUGGAAACCUAGUUAACAAACAAGAUUCAGAAAUAGUCUCUCCAAGCGCACUGGAUAUUAAGAAAUGUUUUACAAAGAACAAAAAUGUUAACCCACGAAGAAAGGUACAGGCAGGAGGGGAGUUUAACUGUGAAGACUGUGGCAAAAUCUUUUUUGGAAAAUGGAAUUUAAAUGCACACAUGAGAAUCCACACAGGAGAAAAACCUUUCUGUUGUGAUGUUUGUGGAGACAGAUUUAGCCAUAGUUCACAUUUAAACACACACAUGAGGAUCCAUACAGGAGAAAAACCUUUCUGCUGUGAUGUUUGUGGACACAGAUUUAGACAAAAAUCACUUUUAACUACACACAUGAGAAUCCACACAGGACAGAAACCGUUCUGUUGUGAUUUUUGUGGACACAGAUUUAGCCAUAAAUCUAGUUUAAUCACACACAUGAGAAUCCACACAGGCCAAAAGCCUUUCUGUUGUGAUCUCUGUGGAAAUAGAUUUAGUCGUAAAACUACCUUAAACAAACACAUGAGAAUCCACACAGGACAGAAACCGUUCUGUUGUGAUCUUUGUGGACACAGAUUUAGCUGUAAGUCACAUUUAAGCAGACACAUGAGAAUCCACACAGGACAGAAAAUAACUGCGGUAUGAUGACUCAAACUGCACAGCUCCAUUUGGUUGUGAAGUAUUUAUUUGUUGGCAUUCAAUUCAACAGUCUUCACUUUUAAUAUUAAAACAUUUUAUUUAAGUAGCAUAUUUGUUUAGUUGUAUGAUUCGUAGUUUAUUAGCUAAUUAAUCUGUUGCUUAGAUUGAACUGUAGCACAGGUGUGUCCUGAGUUCAUGUGUGUCUCCACGGUACAAAAAUCAAAUUUUUUGUGUGAUGCCCCAAGAUGUCAAUGCUUCCAUUGCUAACAUCAAAAUUGAGCAACCCAUCCAGUUUGAGGACUGGUGACCAACUGGAAGGGAUUUAUAUUCCAGUUGGAAUGGAUUUUAAAUGGAUUAUGAAGAUGAUAGACAAUAGAUGUCUAUCAAUGAAUAGGAAAAAAUGCUUAAAUUAGUUCUGUAAGAAUGUAAAUACACUCCUGCUUUAUUUGACUAUAUUAACUCUGUACAGUGUUUAAAAAGUGUUUAUAGUGUAAUUUUUUAAAAGUUAACUUGCACUUGUUAACAAGGACCUGUUUUAAUCCUCUGCAGUAUUUAUAUGGUCAUUUAGAAAUAUUUGAUGUGGUUUAUUCAACAAUUUAAAA